AAACGCAGGACUGGUAGAUUAUCUAGACCUCACUCAAUAUUAAACGACAUUAUAACAAUAAGUGGUGAGAGAAACGGAGCUUUCUAAGACUUAGAAAUUGAAUAUAUUGGCAAAAAGAUUCACUGAAGCGCUCGCUAAGGUCAUCUGCUGGUCACAAUCAAAAGUAAACACAGUGCACUUCUUUUUGUGUGUGUGUAAUAAUAUUUUGAUUAUAGUUGGUGGCAGUAAUGCUCCCAUUAAGCCCCACAAAAGAAGAAGAAGAAUCUCACAUGACUGGAGUGUUUGUUCCCGUGAUCAUCUGUGAGAGAGUCAGAGCACUGAUGGAUCAGCUGCAGCUCAACUCACUCUCUUCAGACAGGAAUAAGAAGUUUAUCUGCAGUCACAAAAAUCAAGAAAAGAAGGUUGUACAAAUAGCUGAAGGUGUGGUUCCUCAUCCUUUAGCUCGUGUGGAUGGCAACAUUCACUAUCAGUUUCACACAGAAAAUACUGGAGGACAGGUGACAUACCGAGUGAUUCCUGUCUCAGAUCAGCGACGGGAGGGUAGAGGUGAAGUCAGAGGGACGGUUAAUGUGGUUUCCGCAGCCAACCUCACUGGAUCCCAGCUGAGAGUAAUUCAAAACUCUUUCAGUGAUGGAGGCAGUCCUGCUGGAGAAGAUGACAGAGAGGAGGCACGAUGUGUGUAUUUCCCAGCAUCAUCUGUGAGCGAGGGAACAGCCACGGCCGUGUCCAUGCAGACAUCAGCUGACCACGCAUUCACACAAACGGCAGGUCAAUUCUACGUGAUGAUGACUCCUUCAGAUGCUCUGCAUUCUGCCUCUCAGCGGACCAUAGCUCCACGCACACAAACAUACACUGUAGAUGAACUCGACACACAGCAGCAUGAAGCUUUUAACUGGAAAAUGGACAGUCCGCGCACCCCUAGAGAUGAGAGGAGAAGAGCACAACAUAAUGAAGUUGAAAGGCGGCGGCGAGACAAAAUCAACAACUGGAUUGUGACGCUGUCGAAAAUCAUCCCAGACUGUGGCAUAGAUGGUACCAAGACUGGAGCGAGUAAAGGUGGGAUCCUGUCAAAGGCGUGUGAUUACAUUGGAGAGCUGAAGCAGCAUAACCAGAGGCUGCAGGAGAGUUUGAGAGGAGCAGAGAGAGUGCAGAUGGACAAUGAGCUGCUCAGACAGCAGUUGGAGGAGCUCAAGAGCGAGAACAGCCUUCUUCGAGCACAGCUGGAGCAUCACGGCAUUGACAUGUUCUCAGUGGCUCCGGCACAAUGAGCUCCAGACAUUCCGGGAAAGAGAUUCUGGCCUUUCCAGAUGACAAAAGGCCUUCAGAGAAUGACAUGGGACUGAAGUGGGCCGAAUGACAUAUGCUGGCUUGUGCGCCGUCUGUGCUGACUGAGUCGAGAGUCUCUCUCAGUGACUGAAUGCUCUUCUUGUCUGAUACAGUGAAGCCAGACUUGCCGCAGUGGAGGUCAGAGGUCAAGAAGUUUUUAUUAGUGCCGACACCAGGACCCUACGAUCCUGAAAGCAGCUAUUUAUUCAUUCUGACUAACUCCGGACUAAACAGUGGAAUACAGUUUUAGUUUUCUCUGCCUUAUAAAACACCCCAGACAUUUUCCUUUUGCUAAUUUUCCAGCUUUGUUGCUUUCAAUUUUGUCUUCGUGCUUUUUCUUGAAGUAUUAGUUGUUUGUUCAGUGCCUCGUUUAAUUUAAAAUUCUCCCAGAGAAAAUCUGCCGCUUUGUGGUGUUUCAGAAGGUCGUUACGGGAUGAAUGAAGCCGUGAUGAAAUGUCAUUAGCGGUUCCAGUUAAAUUUAGUGUUAAAAUCGGAACAAAAGCACCUGCUCGUACGAGUCCCUCUAAAAGAAAGCUCUGAUGCAAGAAAAUGAGCUCCGUCUGGGAUUAUUAGCUUCUUAUCUCGGAAGUUCGGAAAGCAUCACCUAAUCUAAGAAGCAAAUGAGAAAAUAUUCACAAAGCUAUCGAGUUUGCUUUGUAGCUAAAUGCUGGACAUCUCAGGACUGAAAAAACGUCUGUUACUGUGUGUUAAGAGUUUUAUUCUGUUAACUUAACCUAAUCAUCGGGUCCAUGAUGGACCGUCUUAAGAAGGCCUAUUUGCAAUCCACAAAUGUUACAAAUAGCCACUUUGCUCUUAGUUUACUUGCUUGAAAGUGGCUGAACUUUUUGUGUCAUAUUUAUAUAAACCAAUUUAACUCAUUUCCUGUUAUUUUCCUCAUGGUCCAAGUCAUUAUUCACUCAUUAACCAGAGCUCAGAUGGCAAGAGACGUGCAAACCGAUGAUUUGAUGUGAUGCAUUUAAAGGUUCCUGUAAAUACAACUUUUUUAGACUUGGAA